CACUGGAGAGUGUGUUCCUAAGUACGUGGGGAUUGACUGCGGUUAUCAGUCGGACGUCGACUACCUCAGGUGUGUGGACAAUUUUCAAAACAGCAUCACCAUAAAGCGAUUAAGUCUUAAGAGAAGGCCCAAAGCGGCCACCAAUAAUGUGGAAAAAACACAGAGUGGCAUUUCAUCCAGCCAGUCACGUUCUUCAGAAUCGUUGUCAGCAUCCGGCAGUGACAAUACAAGACUAGGCAUGGCUUCUAGAACCAGAGGUCGACCUCCUCUUCCUCCACCACAUGGUCCACCUUCAGAUACCAAGCCCUCAAGGACUGAGGCACAAGCAGCCUCUCGGAUACUUAAUGAGUCAAAACCUCAGGCUGCUGCAAGAUCUCUUGCUUUGCAAAGACAAAGCCCCAUGUUGGAAAAGACCACUGUAGAGACCCACAAACCUUUGGAUCAGGAGGUGACAAGUCAGCCUCCACCUCAGCCACACCCUCGUCGACGACUGGCCAGCUUUGGCGGGGUAAGCUCCCCAGGGUCACUCUCCGCCUUCACGGGCUUAACUGCAUAUAAUCAGAACAAUACUGGGAGCAAGUGUACUGGCAAGGGGGGUGACAUGCAUGUCCAACUUAAAUCAUCCCUGGGCAGUAGAGGCAGCACCGGCUGUCUUAACUUCAGCCCACAGAGCAGUGGUAGAACCACCCCCAUUACAAAUCUUGGACCGAUGCACCUGCAGCAUGUCCGCGAUCAGAUGGUAAUAGCUCUGCAGAGGCUGAAGGAGCUGGAGGAGGAGGUGAAAAGCAUCCCUAUUCUCCAGGUAAAAAUCUCAGUCCUUCAGGAGGAAAAAAGGCAACUGGCCUCUCAGCUCAAGAACCUGAGUGACAAUGAAGGUAUAAAUGAUGUGAUCUGGAGGAAAGAAAAGAGCAGGGAAAGGUCUGAUACUGAGAAUAAAGUACAUACUAAGGAAGAACUUGAGAGCAUAGUGAGAAGUGACUGCACUGAUAUUAGAGAGUUCAGGCAACUGACUGAAAAGAUGCAGGCACUGGAAAAAAACAUCAGGGGUGGAUACUUGCAAGCAUGGAGUGGAGAAGCCCAAAGUUCUUUGCAUGACAAAACUGUCAAGUCAGCUGCAACAGGAACUGAUACAGAUAUCACCUUGUCUAAAGCCACAAAGGAAACCAAAUGUAUGUGUACUGAUCAGAUAGAAACAAGGUCCACUGGAACGCAAGUGUCUGAAGUUCAUCUUGGAAUCUCCACAGAAUGGGAAGCAGAGCUUGAUGCCCAACAACUAAUCAUUGGUGCCCUGAAGGAGAAAAUGUGUCACUUAGAAGCAGAACUGAAAGAAUCAGUUCUCCAGGUAGAGAUGAGUCAUCUGAAAUUGGAGAUUCAGGCUGCAGGAGCAAGGAACCGUGCUGAUAAAGCUUCUCUUGCUAGGCCAUCCACUGCAAGUACAGGCACUGAGGUGAGGCCUCACACCACAAGCCAGGGAGUAGGUAAUCACACAGAGGUCAAGGAUGCAAGCACAGGUGAGAAAACAGAGGUCAACACUGUUGGAGUAUCUAAUUGUGGACCUGAGCUGAAGAAUGCUUGCAUAGGACCAGAUGUGCCCAUGAGCUACUAUCAAGUCAGACAGCGAGUAGAGACCAUGGAAAAGGGCGUGGGGAUACAAGUUUCUUUGAACACACAAGGAGCUGGGACAGAGGUAAAGUUAUGUGAUGCACAAACAAACACGGAGGUACCAGUGGAAAAUCUGGGAUCUAAGAAAGGAAAGUUUAAGAAUCAUUCAGUGGCUUGUGGAGACUGUUCUGUAGAUGUGAUCAUUUGUGAGGCAAAGGAAGUGGUGUCUCAAGGUACAGCCACAGAUCCAGUCAAAGGGGUUGAUUUGGGAAUCAUGGUGUCACCCCAGACAAUUUCACAGUGUACCAACACCGUCUCCACUUCAGUGUCUCGCUUUACAAACACCACACAUGCCUUCAACACCGACUCCAGCACCAAUACUCUCCUCAGUACCCACAACAAGCACACCAACACCUCUCAGACUGUUACUAGGACUGUGUCUGUAGGAAACGGGAUUAGAGACAUCAAAUGUACCCCAGAGAUGCAGGAAAUUGGUUCAAGAACUGCAAACGUGGUAGGAAAAGCUUUAAAACAAACACCAGGGACAGUGACAAAGGUAACCAGAGACACUGGUGUUGGGUUCACCAACAUUAAUGAGAAUUUCUUGGUUGGACUGAAAACCCGAAAUAUGGCCUCUGGACCGUCCCAUCUGCCUGACCCCACCAAGACAAGGAGCAUCGGUGUAGGGGAGGGAAAGAUAUGGGAUCUGUCACUUUCAUCUGUUACACCCGGCCAGAGUUUCCAGCAACCUACACAGCCACAGUGGGACUCUGAACUAAAUCAUCACAUAGAGAAGAUGCAGCGGCUCCUCAGGGAGCAUGGGGGCCUCUUCACAGAGAACGAUAAUAAGCAGUACAGCAGCCCAGAAAACAACAGCUCCAAAAUAUCCUGCAACACCAAGGCUGUGGGCCAAGGAGGAACAGAAGUCUGUUGUUUUGAUUCUCAACCAACAGUCAGCAGCGACUUUCAGUCCUCAGCUCAACUUUCAGCUGACUCUUCUAAAUGUGACAAAGCAAGCCAAGGAAUCUGCCAACAGGGUGGUAAUGAAUCAGAGGUGAAAAGAAUGAUACAAAUAUUAGAACAACAGACAUCCCCUGCUCUGCAAGACAGAUCAACUAAUGCUGGUGUGCUGCAGGCUGUAAUGAAGAAAAUGCACGGUGACCAGGGCUGUAGCAGCAGCAGGAAAAGCAUGAAGUUAAUGAGGGUGACCACAGGAUUAGACCCUAGGUCAUCAUGUAAGCUCUCUGCCAAUGAGAAGGUUAACUCUGAGGAAGUGGAAAGGAAAGGAAACAGGAAACUAAGGGAUGCUUCUCAAGAUGGAACACAAGCAAGAAAGGGCAAAGGUGGCUCCCACAAGGGAUCAAGCACAAAAUCACACAUGCAGAGGUCUAAGUUAAGCGAAAUGUUUUUUUCUGCUUGUCAAGUCUUAAAGAUGCACCUGGACGAUGACACUGCCUUGUCCAGCAGGGAGCUGCGUGACUGUCUAGAAACACUCCAGCAAGAGUGGUUCGCCGUGUCCAGCCACAAGUCAGCUGCUGCCAACACUGUGGACGACUACUUGGCAGCAUUUCAGAUCAUUUCCCCAUCAGUUUUGCAACACAUAGUUAAUAUGGCUGACAUCAACGGAAACACUGCUCUGCACUACAGUGUGUCUCACUGCAACUUUGGUAUUGUCAAGAAACUCCUUGAUGCAGAGGUGUGUAAUGUGAAUCAGCAGAACAAAGCAGGGUACACACCCAUCAUGCUGGCUGCACUCGCAGCUGUGGAAACUCCAGAGGACAUGAGAGUGGUGGAGCAGCUCUUCACAAAAGGAGACCUCAACGCCAAGGCCAGCCAGGCCGGCCAGACGGCUCUGAUGCUGGCUGUGAGCCAUGGCAGGAUGGACAUGGUGCAGGCACUCCUGGCACAGGGGGCAGAGGUCAAUCUCCAGGAUGAUGAGGGCUCCACAGCGCUGAUGUGUGCAAGCGAGCACGGCCAUGCUGACAUUGUCAAACUCCUGCUGGCGCAGCCAGACUGUGAUGCCACACUGACUGACAGUGAUGAAAGCACUGCCCUGUCCAUUGCACUGGAGGCAGGACAUAGUGACAUUGCGGUGCUCCUGUAUGCUCAUGCCAACUUCUCCAAAGGGCUGACGGGGGCAGCAGCUCAUCACAGCAGUAAGUCUCUCAGCUCCUCUGGUGCUAGACGUGUCUUCGAAUGAGACCACGUCCUAAAGUCUGAACGGCUG